CUGUCAUGUCAAAUGUCACUUUAUUCUCGAUUCACCAACACAACAAAAUUUACAAAAUAUCAAAAUAAGCCGAGUUGAGUGAGUUGGUUUAGAAAUAUUUUUAAAAUAAUUUUGUUAUAAAUUCAUGAAUGUUAUUACAAAUAUAAACAAGAUAAUGGCUUCAGCAGUCUCUGAAAAAAUUAAAGAAAAGCGGAAUAGAGUUUUAUUAGGCCCUCUUCCAGAUGACUUUUUACGUGUAAAUAUCUCGGUUCAAGAGCAGCAGGAAGCUGCAGACAGGCAAACAGCAUUGGCUCUUCAGCAGCAGUAUGCUGGAGGUUCACUUCCCUAUGUCUUAAAUCCAGCUGGUCGGCUUAGUAUUACAGUUGCUCAAGCCAAAUUGGCUAAAAAUUAUGGUAUGACUAGAAUGGAUCCUUAUUGUAGAAUUAGAGUUGGACAUUCUAUUUAUGAGACUCCAACUGAUCCAAAUGGGAGUAAAAACCCUAGAUGGAAUAAAGUUGUUUAUUGCUUUUUACCUCAUGGUAUUAACACCUUAACUAUUGAAAUAUUCGAUGAAAGAUCAUUUACAAUGGAUGAACUCAUUGCUUGGGCUCAAAUAAAUAUUCCACCACAAGUUUUGAAUGGAGAAACGCAUGAGGAUUGGUAUCCUCUUAAUGGUAAACAAGGAGAAGGAGUUGAAGGAAUGAUAAAUCUUGUUUUGACAUACACUCCUACUAAUCCCAUGUACCCAGUAUCACAACCCAUUAUGGUAGUACCAAGGACUGGUGGAGGUCCUGUUAAACCAAUGGCUGUAUAUCCUGUACCAGCAUCAGAACCAUCAGUGUCUCCAGAACCACCCAUUUUAAGUGAAACUGAACUGAAGCAGAUUGAAGAAAUAUUCCCCGAUAUUGAAAAAGAAGUUAUUAAAACAGUAUUUGAAGCUAACAGAGGAAAUAAAGAAACUACCAUAAACUCUCUCCUCCAAAUGGUGGAAUAAACAUAUAUAUUUUCACUAAUUAUUAUUAAACUAAGAAUCUUUAAAUGUGAUUUUUGAACCACUGAAACCUGAUUUUAUGAUUCCAUAUUUUAAUGCUUGUUAUUGUUAUUUUUUUAUAACUUGUAGGUGUUUUGCUUUAGUUUUAAUGAAACAUUGGCCAUAUUUGGAUAGAAUUCUAGUCUAAUAACAAAAUUGUUGCAGUUAGUUAUGUUGUUAAUAAAUUUGUGCCAAUAAAUGUUCUCAAAUUAAAA